GCGGUGUUCAAACCAAGAAACCAUUCCCUUACAGUAGAGCUUUGGAGCCGUCCACUAGAUGUCGCUGUCUGAUCGUCGGUCACCUGCAGAGCUCAGGUAACGCCACGGUUCCGCCUCCUCUCUCGGUCCAACCUUGGACAACAUGCCGCUUCCAGACGAGUCGCGCCGCAGCAACUUUGUCAGCGUCCGGACCUGAGUCAUCCUCCUCAGCCUCUCUUCCCUCCACACUGACACCAGACCACGCAAACUCCCUCCUGAGACCCGAGAUGCGGACGUGGCGCACCUGAGACCUGGGGACUACACAUGUUGAGAAGAAACCUCAACUUCCAAAAGACAUUUUCAUUUGGAGUUUUUCUGUUUGGAAGGCGUUCUGUUGAAAUGGGUGAAGUGUGGACGAGCUGCUUUGUCCUCCUGGCGGGUCUCUGUGGAUUAGGGUUUGGACACAACACCAACACAUGCGAAGAAGUGCGCAAAGUUUUCCAACUCAGGCAAAUUGGACCCAAUCAAUUAUUGCCUCUGAGUCCCAGAGCAGGUUCAGACCUUCAGGUGUGCUCGUCCAAGAACCUGACCUGCUGCACCAAAAAGAUGGAGGAGAAGUACCAGGUGGCGGCUCGGAGAGACAUCCAGAACCUUCUCCAGAUGUCCAGCACCAGCCUGAAGUUUCUAAUCUCACGCAACGUGGCCGCUUUUCAAGAGACCUUUGAGCUUCUGAUGAGGCAGGCGGAGAAUCACACCAAUGCCGUCCUUCAGGGGUUACACCACAGCAUGGCCGAUCAGGCUGCGGGCCCUGUGCGAGAACUCUUCACCGACAUCAGUCUCUUCCUGCUGGGGUCCGAGCUCAGCGUUGAUGAGUUGGUGCAGAGAUUCUUUGACGCUCUCUUCCCGGUUGUCUACAAUCACCUCAUCUACCCAGGUCCUGGCGAAAUAUCACCAGGCUACGCUGAGUGCGUGAGGUCAUCAAGACGCAACGUGAGACCAUUUGGUGGGACGCCCGAGCUCCUGGCAUUUCAGAUCACUCGCUCUGGGGUCUUUGGGAAGCUUCUGCUUCAGGCGCUGCACCUUGGCAUUGAGGUCAUCAACACCACAGACCACUUGCAGCUGAGCCGUGAGUGCAGACGAGCCCUGCUGAAGAUGCACUACUGUCCUCACUGCCAGGGCUUAACCCAGUCCAAGCCCUGCAUGGGGUACUGCCUCAACGUGAUGCGGGGCUGUUUGGCGAGCAUGGCCGAGAUCGACGCCCACUGGAGGGAGUUCGUCCGCUCACUGGAGGGCCUUUCGGCGCGAAUGCAAGGACCUCAGGAUUUAGAGCAAGUGCUUCUGGGAGUUCAUGCGUUGCUUCGUGAUGCUGUCAGGCAUGCUCAGAAAAGUGGUCCCCGCUUCUCGGCACAGGUGCACAAAGUGUGUGGCACGCCGAGCAGGAAGCCCACCCAGUCAGGCAGCAUCCAGCUCAGCAGCAGCAGCAGCAGCAGCAAAGACUCUAUCCCCCUUAAAGCUCCUGUUAGAGUGUUUGGAGACUCGCUCGCUGUCAGGAGAAGCUGCGGCGAGGAGGUGAGGAAGAAGGCGGGCCAAAGGAGAGGAAGGUCCUUCACAACCAUCCUAGCAACCGCACAGAUCCGCCGACUUGUUAAGAAUGUGUGGUUGCUCAUCAAAAGUGACAUUACUAUAGAGACACACCAUCAAGUUACAAUCGAUUUUUCUCUUGUUUGGUUGAAGCAGCACAGCAAGGCGGCAAAAUGCAUUCCUGGGAAGAUCUACACCCUCCGUGUGGUCGGCAAUGGGAUAAAAGCUCAGAGUGGAAACCCAGAAGUCAAGGUGAAGGACGCCGACCCUGUGAUAAAUCAAAUCAUUGACAAACUCAAACACAUCAAUCAGCUGUUGCAGGGAAAGUCCAUUCCUAAACUGGGCUCGCUGGACCAGAUUGAAACAGGCAGUGGAGACGCGGAGGGACGUUACAGCGGGGACUGUGAUGAUGAGGACGGUUGUGGAGGUUCGGGUGGUGGUGAUGUUAAGAGGAAAGUCUCAAGAGUCUCCAAAAUGAGCCCAGAUGCGACCGGUGAUCACAGACAUCAUCAUCAUUAUCAUCAUCAUCCACCUGUCGAGGACGCAGCAACGGAGGGCAGAUCCACGGGCCAACGACUGACAGGAGCCGUCUGGGUCUUGAUAUUGCCUUGUCUACAUAUGCUCCCGGCCAUGUAACAGCUGCAUUUUUGCAGAGUGAAACUUUCAAGACUUGAUUUCAAGCUUAUUUAUCCAGAAAUGAAAAGGGCCAGUGGACGUAAUACGCUCCAGUGUGUAAUGCAGCACCACUUCGACACAGUGCAGAACACGGCGGGAGUGAAUUCAUCGCCCGGAAAAGAAGAGACACUGGAGCUCCUGUGAGAGAGCAAAUGGUUCAGCUUUGCAAAUCUUAACUGUCCUGUUGUUUUUUGUAUCAGUUACCUGCUGUUAAUUAGCACUAAUAAUGAAUUAUAACAACCAAUUUCACAAAUAUAAGUACAGCACACAUUGUAAAAAUGUCUUAGUAAUUUAAUGAUCUGUAGAUGCAUUUUAAUGUUGGAUUUGAAAUUUAAAAUAUUUUUACAAGCCCAAUUUAAAAAAGCCUGUUAUUCUUAUAACAAAAGUGAAAACGUAAACCUUAACUUUAAGGUAAAUUGCCUCAGAGCAUUGUAGGAAACUUACAGUGAAGUGUUGCAUAUGUGCUGUAUGUUCUCAUUCAUUUUCCAACACUGCAGGAGCAAACAAGAAUCCAAGACAUCUGCUUCUCUCCCCUUGCAGCAGCUCCCAUGCUGUUCAGGGUCCAUUUAAUUGGCAUAUUUCAAUUGCAAAAUUGACCUAUAACGCUGCUGCUGAGA